UUUUCUCAUUUAUCUGUAUGACAGAUAUACCAUAACUCAACAGAAAGCUGGAUAGGCCUAUACAUCCUAACUUACAGACUUAACUGCAAUUUAUAAAAAUCAUUGGCUUGUUUCUAUAUUAAGCCUGUAAGCUGUUGUCAUGGGUGAUGAAGACAUUAUAUUGCUUCGUGAAGAGCUCUGUCUCUAUCCUGGUAAAGUGAAAUACAGCGUCUCUGUCACAAACAGACAUAUUGUUAUUGAACAGCUGGGAAGAAGUAAACUAGAAGAUACAAUUUAUUUAAAUGAUGUCAUUGGUUGUCAUGUUCUUCAAGAGAAGAAACUUAACAAUUCAUCAUACUUAUGUAUAUUUUCGUACCCACUGAAGAAAAAAUUAAUAGGGUCUGGAGUUGUCAGACAACGUGUCGCAACAACAUUUGUAAUAAACAAAAAAAAAACCUACCAGGAGAAUUUAUUAUUAGCUGAAACAUGGAAGAUGACAAUCAAAAGAUUGGUUGCUGGAGAAAAUAUACAGACCAAAGAAGAUAUUGAAAAUGGAUCACUUGUGACAAGAAAUCUGUUAGUUUUGGUUAAUCCAUUUAGCGGAAGGAAAAAGGCACUCACCAUGUACAAAGAGAAAGUAUCACCCAUGUUUACUGAAGCUGAAAUCAGACACACUGUCAGGCUGACUGAGCAUCCCGGUCAUGCCAAAGAAAUUGCAAAGGAAUUAAAGGUAGAAGAUUGGGAUGGAAUUGUCAUUGUUUCUGGCGAUGGCCUCAUACAUGAGGUGAUCAAUGGUUUAAUGGAUAGAGAAGAUUGGCAAACAGCAAUAAAUAUGCCAUUGGGUGUUGUACCUGGUGGGUCGGGCAAUGCUCUCGCUGCUUCUGUUGUCUAUGCAUCUACAGGUCAAAUCAUCUCCAACAAUUUGGACUUGGAUUCAUUGUUUGAAGUUGUCAAAGGAAAAACAAGAAAAUUAAGUCUUGUUGCAGCUGAAACUGCCGCAGGACAAAGAUUUUAUUCAUUUUUGAAUUUUGCUUGGGGUUUCAUCGCUGAUGUUGAUAUUGAAAGUGAAAGAUAUAGAGCUCUGGGGCCAGUUCGGUUCACGAUAGGAUGUGCAGUUCGUGUGGCAAACAUGAGGUUAUAUCAGGGCCGCAUAUCAUAUCUUCCUGCCACAAGCAAUGCAUAUUCAUUUGGUCGAUCGCAGUCAUAUUAUCACACUUCAGACAAAGCACCAGCACCCGAGAGAGAGAUGUCUGUGCCUGAUAACAUGGGUUCAUCAAUCAUGUUUCGAAGAUCUAGAAAAGGUUUUGGAAAGCGAUCAAAAUUUUCUGGAGAUGAAGAUGCAAUUCGUAGCGAUGUUAGUCUUGUGAAUGCCAGGAUUCCCGAAACUUUUAGGCCACUGGAAGAUGCUAACGGAAGCAUUGAAUCCGACAGUAAUUCUCCAGUUUUCGAUACAAAACAUUCUGCAAGUUUAUCCAGAGAGCAUGGUAGUGGAGAUGCUACAACAACGACAAAACAAUCAGAGUCAGCAGAAAGUGAAAAUGAAGAUUCAACUUCAAACAAUUUUGAAGUUGUGCCAACGAAUCAACAAAACGGAGAUGACAAAUCCGAUAUUGAAGUGAUAUCGUCUGGUCAGACAAAUGGCAACAGUGAAUCUGAUAUUGAAGUAAUAUCAACAGAGCAAUUGAAUGGUGAUGAUGUAUCAAACUCGAGUAAUGAUGCCGGUACUUCAACGAAUCACCCAGCAAUUGAAAAUGGCGACAGUGAGGCUUCAUCAGAAACAAACCAACAUACAGAUGAAACUAGAAACAGACAAGUUUCUUUGUCAUCAUCAACAGGCGAUACAAAUCAAAAUGUUCCAAAAAAACCUGGUACUGAAGUUAAAUUGGUGACUCCCCAAGCAUGGAGAGAUUCUGCCAUUCUUUAUCACUUACGAUCAUCCCUUGAUUCUGAUCCACCUGAAGACUGGGUGCAACUUGAGUCGGAAUAUGUGUUCGUGACAUCACUUUACUUGAGUCAUCUUGGCCAUGAAAUGAUGGGUGUACCUACUGCAAAACUUGAUGAAGAUAUUAUGUAUAUUUAUACUUUGCGACAUGGAAUUAGCAAAACACAGAUGAUGAAUGUGUUACUGGGAUUUGAGGGAGGUACUCACAUUGAACGAGGAGGAGAGUUUUCAUCUGUGAUACCAUGCCGAGCCGUUCGUCUUGAACCAUUCACUUUUAUAACUGGUCACAUGACAGUCGAUGGUGAGGUGGUUCCACACUGUGCUAUUCAAGCCUCAAUUACUCCCCAUAAAAUUAAUCUCAUGUCGAGUGUUUUUGAUGAUGAGUGUUGAGUAAUAUUCUCAUCUGAGAUGGUGUAUACUCAAGUACCUAAUUCCGUAUUUGAGUAGCUGACUUGAUCUAUCAUGAACCUUGGAUAUUACAUGGUUUAAGCGGACAUGGUUUGUUUGGGUCAUAUGCAGAUUAGUUUAAUAUUUAACACCAAUUGAACCUCCAUCUAUUUUUAACCACUAUUUUAAUGUUCUAAUUGCACUUCAGUUGCUCAUACUGAAUAAUUUCAUAUCUUUUCUUAUUGAUUCCCGGUUAUUGCUAUUGUAAAAUCUCAAAUAUUUAUUGAACUUUGUUUUUUGUUAUUGUAAUCUGAUUUAUUGAAACAAACUACUGAGUAUUGCUCUUCAUUUUUACUGAAUAUUGAUGCAACCAUGAUAGGCGAUCGUGAGGGAUUUCAAUCAGCGAGAUAUAAAUUAUAUUCAUUAACGAAAUGAAAUGUUGAUUAUGAAUAUUGAAUAUUAUAUUGAAAAUGUUAAUACCAGCAGUUGCAAAAGUUGAUCAAGUCUAUAAGAAAUAUAGCUUCAUUCUUUCCUUUUUUGAUCAUAGGAAUCCUGCUUAUUACCGACGAGACUGAUGUUCCUUCUUUUGGGCUAGCACCCAUUCCCAUGAUUAUCAGUGUAUGUUAUUCAUCAUUCUUUUUAUUUUUAUUAUAUUUGAAGUUCUUCAGAAACAAAGCUUCAAAAUAAUUUGUAUAGAUACAGCUAACUUGGGUUAAACUCCGUUCAAAAAUAUAUUGUUAUAAUUACACUUGCUAGUUCUGCUCAAUCAUGUUUUUCACGUAGGAUAUGUUGUGGUUUGCCAAUCAUGUUUUUCACGUAGGCUAUGUUUGGUUUGCCAGUAUGUUGAAGAAGUAGUUAACUUAGGCUUUGUUGAAAUUUUUCAUCGGAUACUGUUCAGGCUUGCCAAAUGUGAUUUUGCUAUUCUGCUAUCUUCUUUUUCAAUUAUUGCAUGAAGCAGGAGUAUUUCGAUUUGUGACCGAAAGUGAAGUGGGAUAAUAUGCUUGUUAUAAAAGCAAGCCUCAUUGUUCUGGAUGUAUAUUUAAGUAUCUCUUAUUUUACUGUGAGUAGAAGGAAGGGUUGAAAACCAUUAUUGGAAUAAGACCAAGUUAACUUUUUGUGUUCAUAUCAUUCCAGCCAACUGUCCUAAACUAUAGUUUUUUUUUCUCUAAUUUUGAAUCAUUUCUCAUUGCUGCUGUUGUCCUGUUACCUUCCUUGGUUAGCAGUAGGAUGAUGUAGAAUAUUUUAUGAAAGUUAGCAAAACGCUUCUUCACUGUUUGUUUGUUAUUGUAAAAAGAGCUCGUAGUAUAUGCAUUUCUGAUUAAAUAAGAACCAUAUAUUCCACCAAUGAAAGUUCCAUCAAAAAACAAAGUUUAACAAAAGUGUUGGAUGAUUGAUUACUAGUUUCGAAACUGAACUACAGACGAUCACUCACCUUUCGUAACCAAACCUUAAAAAAGCUAUAAAUUUGAAAGCAAAACACUACAUGAAAAUCUAGUAAAUUCUAACUUGUUAAUCAUUGUAGAUUCCAGCAGUUCAAAAUUUUGGCAAUAGUAGUUUUUAUUUUAUUUUUGACUUAAAAACUUUGCUUAUUCUUGUUGUACUGUACAUCAAAACCACUGAUCUAUUCGCCUGAUUUUUCAAAAAUAUAACAACCAUUCAUCAUGCAUCAAG